AUGAAUUAUUUACUACGAACACUUAUUUCUCGGCAGACUCCUGCCCUUAUCUGCCGUCGUCAGUUAGCUAGUGACAAACAGCGUCGAGCAUUUCGUACGCCAACUUUGAUAGAGAAAUUCCGUUCUUCACAGCCUUCAUCGCCUCGUUCGAAUAAUCAACGACCGUUUGGUUUUAUUAAUGAGAAAAACGUCAUUCUCGGAAUCAUUGCUGUCAAUGGUGCUGUUUUCAUUUGUUGGAGAUUCGCGUAUGCAAACCUCCGAUCGAAUCAUGACCAACGUUUGCUAUGGUUUAUGACGAAAAAUUUCAUGGUAUCAUGGGAUGGAGUCGUGCGGGAAAAUCGUGUUUGGACAUUGCUGACCUCAGCAUUCAGUCAUUUUGAUUUGACACAUUUCUUGAUUAAUAAUCUUGUUUUAUAUAGUUUUGGUCCACUCGUUCUAAAUCACAUUGGUUUGCCCGCAUUUGUUCAGUUAUUUCUUGUUAGCGCUGUUGGUUGUUCACUUGCACAUAUUUUUUAUCAACGAUUUUACGACCGAAGACCUGGUCUACCAGCUGUGGGUGCAUCAGGAGUCACAAUGGGUAUGACGAUGCUCUAUGCAUUUCUUCGUCCGUUCGAUCCCGUUCUUCUGUUUUUCAUUGUGCCAAUGCCAGUAAUUGCUGCCGUAGGCGCAUUUGUUGCCUACGAUCUCUACCGAGCAGUAACACAUCGUCAAGGAAAUAUUGGAUCAGCUGGACAUAUCGGUGGUGCUCUUGCUGGAACAUUAUAUUAUUUUUUGAAAAUCCGUGGACGGUUAUAA